UGCAGUUCUGCAGCAGCAAACGCGAGAACGCCGCUCGUUGCUCACAACCAUUGUGGAGAGUGCGAUGACUACUGUAACUAUUGAUGCCAAUAACCUGAGCCGCUACAGGAGGCUCGCGACACCCAAGUCUCUUCCUGCAGGGUUCCUGGAGGACAGACGUUCAGUCUACUGGGAGAAUGGAAUACCAGAAAAAGACUAUUCAAAGACCACAUCCUUCUUACUGACACGGCGGCAGGCUCAGCUGGUGUACUCUAAGAGGCUGCAUGAGGACUACAUUGGAGAUCGUCCCUCUCCAAUGUGGCCUGUCUCCCCCUCUGCCCUCUUAGCCACGCCCACACCACGCCUACUUCAGCUCUGCACUCCGAAGAAUGUUCACCUGAACUAUCGUCCGUGCAGACAGGUGAUGACUGUAGUUCCAAAGUCAGCUAUGAAUGCUAAUCCAACCAUCCGACUGUCGUACCUGGCGCGCCACAAGACGUACCCGCCCCUACUAAUCAAGUCUCGUUCCGAGUGGGACUGGUGUGCGUGGGAGUCAGAUGUGAGUCCUGCCGCCAGGACCGCUCAGGCCUCGACGAGGGUCACUGAACUAUCUCACGCCAAGACAGACCACCCUCUAUACAAACCCUGCAGAGAGGUGGAGUGGUCAGUAACUGAAGCAGCCAAGAAGCACACAGCCACAGACCUGACGGUGAAACUGGCUCACCCCAAGUCCCGUACCAGCGAGGACUAUGACCCGCGAGCCUGGAACGUAUCCCACGCCGCUCUCCACGCCCAGGCCUCGCCUCGUCUCGUCGAACUAGCCACACCCCUCCCACGGAAGUGCCGACAACAAAAAUCUUGAUAUUGUGUAUCAUAAUAUU